CAGCGACGUAUUGCUCUGACGCCGGCCGGGCCGGGCGUGGGGGCCUGUGGGAGGUGGAGCGGCGGGGCCCAGCUGCGGGGCGGAGGCGGCGGAGAGGCCUGCGGAGGCAGGGAGCAGCAAGGCCGGGAGCGGGCGCUGGAGCCGAGCCGAGCCGAAGUGGGCGGCGGAGGCCGGCGUGGCGAGCAGCCACCAUGUCGGUGUUCGGGAAACUGUUCGGGGCAGGAGGGGGUAAGGCCGGCAAGGGCGGCCCGACCCCUCAGGAUGCCAUCCAGCGGCUGCGGGACACGGAGGAGAUGCUAAGUAAGAAGCAGGAAUUCCUGGAGACUAAGAUCGAGCAGGAGCUGACCGCCGCCAAGAAGCACGGCACCAAAAACAAGCGCGCGGCCCUCCAGGCCCUGAAGCGCAAGAAGAGGUAUGAAAAACAGUUAGCGCAGAUCGACGGCACACUGUCAACCAUCGAGUUUCAGCGGGAGGCCCUGGAGAACGCCAAUACCAACACUGAGGUGCUCAAGAACAUGGGCUAUGCUGCUAAGGCCAUGAAGGCUGCCCACGACAACAUGGACAUCGAUAAAGUUGAUGAAUUAAUGCAGGACAUUGCUGACCAGCAAGAACUUGCAGAGGAGAUUUCAACAGCUAUUUCAAAACCUGUAGGAUUUGGAGAAGAGUUUGAUGAGGAUGAGCUCAUGGCAGAAUUAGAAGAACUAGAACAGGAGGAACUAGACAAGAAUUUGCUGGAAAUCAGUGGACCCGAAACAGUCCCUCUACCAAAUGUUCCCUCUAUAACCUUACCAUCAAAACCCACCAAGAAGAAGGAAGAGGAAGAGGAUGAUAUGAAGGAAUUGGAGAAUUGGGCUGGAUCCAUGUAACUGGUCCAGUGCGGGCUGGGCCCAGACAGACUCUGGUGGCCUGUGCAGCGGGCAGGCGUGUGCGCGUGCGGGGCAGGCAGGACAUGGUGCAGGCAGGUUCCAUCGCUCCUGAGUUUCCCUCCAAAGCCUUAGGGCCGCAUCACUGCUCACUCUCUGCAUAGCAUGGUCUGCACCCAGCGGGACA